AUAGAAACGGCCGCCUGAGCAUAGUUGGUGAACAGGGGCUUCGGGAGCUCGCACGCCUCAGGAGAGACGUUAGAGUAAGGGACGAAUGGAGACAUCGAGCGGGCAGUGUGAACAGGACAGAUGAUCAGCGUCGGAAUGAAUAAGUGACAGAGUGAUUAUUUUGCUGUGUGAGAUUUAUUUUGCUGUGCGUACUCUCGCCUCGUGCCCACUAAUACAAUGCGUUGGUUUUUGUGUUCAUUGGUCCUAAUAACAUUCCAACCGAGUGCCAGUCUGUAUGUAGAGACCUUCACACCCACAACCUGGAAGGUCGUCGAAGACACGGACUACAACCUAACCUUAUCUUUGAGGCUUAACUCGAGCGACGUCUUCGAUGCCUCGUUGGACCCGACGGCGACGCAGCUGCAGGUCGUGGUGACGCCCGACGAGGACUGGAAGCUCGAUUUCGUCAGCAGAUAUCUCGAGUUUUCCUUAGAUGAAGUUCUUAGGGAGGAAAAUAAGAGCGUGACUUUCUCAGGGUAUUACUGGGGUCGCACUCGCCUUUCGCUCUCUCUCUUUCACGACGACCUCGACCUGAAGCCUUCGAAUGGGACACUACUGCGCGAUGAUCUGUAUAUUAUCGUCGACCGCAAAGCGCUCAUCUUGGACUACGUGUUCAUAGCGGUCGGCUCCGUGUUCAUGCUGUUCAACAACGUGAACAUGGGCGCUCAGCUCGAUCUUGAGGUGAUCAUCGGCGUUCUCAAAAGACCACUCGGCCCCGUCUGCGGUUUCCUCUCGCAGUUCGUGUGCAUGCCCGUGGUGAGUUUCUUCCUCGGCUGGGCAUUCUUCACCAACCCUCUGGACCGCCUGGGGCUCUUCACCCUCGGCUGCUGUCCAGGGGGCACGAUGUCAAAUUUCUGGACGCUGAUGUUUAAUGGUGACAUCAACCUCUCUAUCACCAUGACAGCUGUCUCCACUAUGGCAGCCAUGGGUAUGAUGCCCCUGUGGAUGUUCACCCUUGGCCAGCAACUCCUCAGUCAGAACAAUAACCUGAAAAUCCCUUUUGGCAAUUUAGCUGGGUCCCUCGUGUCGCUCACUGUCCCUGUGGUCGUUGGAAUGAUCAUUAAGCACAAGCGACCCGAUUGGGCAAAAAAGGGUUCAAAGAUCAUAAAACCCUUUACCUUUGCCAUCAUUUUGUUCUUCAUGACGAUCGGCAUUUUCAACUCCUACAAGUCGUUCAUGAUGAUGACCUGGGAGAUGCCUGUCGCCGGCAUCAUCCUGGCCUUCUGCGGGUACUCCUUCGGCGCCGUCUUCGCCAUGCUCUGGUGCCUCUCGAAGGACAAGGUCAUCGCCAUUAGCAUCGAGACGGCGCUGCAGAAUGCUGGCGUGGCUUUCAUUCUGCUGAAGCUGUCUUUGCCCAGUCCGGACAGCGAUCUGGCCGCCCUACCUGUUGUCGCUACGAUCAUGAUGACAGGGCCGCCUCUUAUGAUAGUCUAUGGCAUCAUCCUGCUUCUGCGCCGCUUCACAAACCUCCUUCCUGAUAAGAGCCAGCAGAAGCCCUCAGACUCGAGACCCAAGCAGGAGAAGGACGCGGGGCAGGAACAAGUGACAGUCGCCUUUCUUCCCGAGGCGGACCAGGCAGAGCGCACAAUGAGUCGGACCGAAGAGAAACUGAACCAGCAUGUUAUUGUUCUUGAAGGCUUGACUAAAAAGAAACUGGGGGAAACAUAAAUGGCGAAGAAAUGGAUUGUCUAAAUUUCUUAUUCCUCGUUCGUUUGGCCUGAGUUAUAUGAGCGGGGAGAUGGAGGGAAGUGUCAAAAGGAAAGACAGGAAGAGAAAAAAAAGACAUGUAAGCAGGGUCUUUGAGAAUUAUACUGCCAUUUUUUUUGACAUGUUUAAAACGUGACUAAACUGGAGGCG